AGAGAGCGUUGUUUGUCCCCAUUCCAGCCACGCCUGUUCUCUGUGUGUGUCCCUGCGCAUAGUGUGUCCCUGCGCAUAGUGUGUCCCGGAAACACCGUCUGACGUCUCUCGGGCACGCGCCUCUUGUUGUGAAAGAUGUCACCCAGAGUUGGGGCAAUGGCAUCGCCCAGUCACAUCCUGGCUUUCUGCAUCUGUCUCCUCACCAUGGCCAGUGCAGAAGCUCCGAAGGAGCCCGAUCCAUUCACCUAUGAUUACCACACCCUGCGGAUCGGCGGCCUCACUAUCGCUGGGAUCCUCUUCAUCCUGGGCAUCCUUAUCAUCCUUAGCAAAAGGUGUCGGUGCAAAUUCAACCAACAGCAGAGAACCGGGGAGCCGGAUGAAGAGGAGGGAACUUUCCGCAGCUCCAUCCGCCGUCUGUCCAGCCGCAGGCGGUAGAACCUCCACCUGGCUCCAGGAAACUCCGCCAGGGCCCCCUCGGCACCUGACACGUCUCCCCACCCAGCCGCUAGCCCGUGGCCACCUCCAGCGUCCCCCGCCCCAGCCCCGCCUCUCGGACACCCUUACGGCUCAGACCUCCAAUAAAACUCAGUUUUCCUUCCUGAUAA